AGGUGGUCCUGACUGCCAUGAAGAAGAACGGCAGCUCGAUGAUGAGGAUGGAGAGAAUGAGGAAGAAAGACAUAAACUUCAAACUCGUCCAUCACAUCGCCGGGGGUCCUUACAAGGGCAUUCUGGUCAACAAACAGGCGGAUGCCCUAGUAUCUGUGGACCCCCCAGAAGGCCGUGUGGAGUUCAUGGCGUACCUCAUCAACUCAGACCAGAACAACGCAGCUGUCAAGGAUCGCUGGACUCUCAGGUUCUGGUUCCGGGGACAGGCUGACGGAGUGACCAAGAAGAAAACGUUCACCGACUAUUUCUCCGAGCUGAUCAGUCCAAAGUCUUUGCCCAGAAAAUACGUAGGGUUCAUCAAGCGCGCCCUAGUCCUGCUACAAGGCUACAGCCUGGUCAAACGUCUGGAGCUGGAGGUGGAGGAACUGGACGAGGGCGAGGAGGAUCUGCCUCCCAUCAAGAGUUUUGUGUCAGUUUUCACCCCUGACAACUACGUCUAUCGGUUUGUGCCGGAGGUCGUAGUGGACAACAAAACAUUCCUGACCUUCAAGAUCAAGGCCAAGUGUGAGGCGAACAUCGCUCUUUGUGCUAUUUAUGGCGACGUGGAGAGGAAAACCUACGAGAUCUCCCUGGGUGCGGAGGAGAACAAUAAGUCGUUUAUCAGAGACGGGUCCUUGGGUCCGGUCAAGUCGGAGGCAAAGACUGUCAACUUGCUCAGUGAUGAAGAAUUUCGCUACUUCUGGUUGUCAUGGGCCAACAACCACGUAGAAGUCGGCAGGGGAGCUAAGUACGGUCAGGCCACGUUCCUCAGCUGGACUGUCCCCCCUAACCGACAGUUCAAGGUGAACAGCAUGGCGGUGGCGACGUGCCGAGACAGCAAGGGCCAGUGGGAGUUUGCCGAGAUAUUGGAUGAGAAUGAGGAAGAGCAGGAUGAGAAGGAUUUUAAGCGAGAGGCAAAACGGAAUAAGAUCAAGUUGUCACUUCUGUGGCUGGCCAAGAAACAGCGGAUGCUUCAAGUCCUGGAGGAUGCUUAUCCCAACAGUCUCAGCACCAACAAUUUGUUCAAGAGCUGCAAGAUGAAGGCCACGGACAACAUCACGGCGGUGGUCAUGCUGAAGGAUCUGGAGAAGAAAGGGUUGAUCCAGGAAGUGGAAAAAGGCAUCUGGAUGCGCAUGCAGACCAAGGAGGAAAUGUCUGAACAUGAGGUAAUCCUGGUGCAGGAGUUGCCGACCCUGACAGGGCGAGAACAGCCAAGCAUCGCGGUCAUCACAACUCUGUACCACGAGAAACUGGCCGUGGAUGCCAUGAUAGAGGACAAGAAAACUUACGUCAAGUUCAAAACCGAAGCGAGCGGCAGUCAUAGUGCUAUAGGAGAGUCUCAGGUGUACACAAUCGGCAGAAUCGGAAAGCACAACAUCGUCUCCACAAAACUUGCCAAAAUGGGAGACGCAGAAGGCGACAUGAUCGCUGCGGAGAACACCGUGACCAGGUUACUGGGCACAUUCAACAAAGUGCAGCACAUCCUGAUGGUGGGUGUUGGAGGGGCAGUCCCCAGCUACUCAGACCACCAGGAACACGUCAGACUGGGGGACGUUGUCGUGUCAACCCCGGCUGACGACACUGGCGCUGUCUAUGUCUAUUGCUCUAAGGUGGAGAAAAUAAAGAAUGCAACAGGCUACAGCUACGUGACUAGAAUCUUCUCACCACGAGAGCAGGUGUUGCUCAAUGCUGUCAACAAAAUUAGAAGACAGGCAGAGUCCAGCAUAUUGCCUGAGCGGCCGUGGGAGAGACACAUUGAGCUGGGGAAAGACAUCCUGAGAGGACAAGAGUCCAACUUCCAUCGGCCCAUGAUCAAACGAGACAAACUUUUCUUCACCAAACCAGACGGGUCGGUCAUUCAAGUGGAGCAUCCAAGACCUACUGGUUACGCUGCGCGGAAUUACAAAGAAGGGCAGACAAAUGUGAAAUAUGGAGUGAUAGGAUGUGGUCAGAGGGUGGCGCGCGCCGAUCCGCUGCGGAGAGAUUUUGCCCAGAUGAAUGGGAUCAAAGCCUUCCAUCAGGAACAUGACGCUGUGUUGGAGUCUGUGGAGGGGAACUGUUGUGAGAGCUAUCUGGUUAUCCUGGGCAUGUGCGAUUACGAGGACGGAUUCAAGAAAGAAUGGCGGAGUUACGCAGCUUUGGCAGCAGCGGCCUAUAUGAAGGCACUGGUGUUACAGCUGUAGUCAUCUGCUGGAUCAUUCGUCUCAUUUGUGUCACGACGUGGUGGAAUCAGGCGCUCGUCAAUUUUGGGCAUAUGGGGUUAAUGGUAUCGUCUUAAAGC